ACACUGGUCCAUCGAGGACUGAUAACACCUUAAAUCAUUAGACCAGAAUGGAGUCCUCUUCCGUCGCAGGGCGCAGGCGCAUUGCCACUAGGCACUCUGCUGAGGAUCAGGCUCUUGAUCAAAUCGCCAAGGAGCACGAGGUAGUGGGAGACCGUGUGCCGAUGUGCAUGAUAAGAAUUUCUUCAGUAAGCAGUACUUACGUGGGCAAUGGCCGGCCGACCCACGCUCUGAAUGUGACUCGAAUCAUUUAUACGCGAGCUCAUCCGAAAUUAAUUUACUUUGACCGUUACGAAUUCUUCAACAUAACAUUUGUCGUAUGUUAUAUCGUUUCGUUAGCAUUUGACGAAUAGAGGAAAAGUUGCGCGGAGAAAAUUAAAUGAUCCGAACGAUCGACGACUUGACUUCAAUCGAUACUAGAUGAAUUGAUCAUGUGAUCGAUAUAAAUUUUCGAUAACGAUUGGACUCCCGUGAUAAUGUAUCGGACAGUUUGUUACUUUGUUCGACCGGUAAAACAUUGAAAUGGACGAGCCAAACAACUUUGAAGACGUGUUGCUCGACACGUGUGAAGAUAUAAGUAUUAACGAGGUUCUGGAUGUCAGUGCGCAGAAAGCAGAAGCUCGUUUGGCUGCACGGAGACAGGCCAGGGCCGAGGCCAGAGAAAUCCGAAUGCGAGAGCUAGAACGUCAGCAGAAGGAAGCUGAGGAGAAUGCCGAUAGGGUUUACGAUAUGUGUACAGGUGAGGAUCCACCCGAUGUCAACAGAACCAUGAGGGUAACGCCAGAUCCGGUGCGAAGUUCACGCUUGUUAGUGAACACUAAUAAUUUCCAGUCAAGUAGACGGUCUUCCGAGGACUCUCUUGAGGAUGCUGGACUCAAUAGAGAUCUUCGUCUGGAACUUAAGGAGCUGGAGGAGAAGUUCAGAAAAGCAAUGAUCGCAAAUGCUCAGCUAGACAAUGAGAAGUCCUCCUACGCAUAUCAGGUUGAUCUUCUGAAAGACAAGCUGGAAGAGUUGGAAGAAACAGCAGCCCAGUUACGUCGUGAAUUACGAGAAAAGAAUCGAGAAGCCGAGCAACUCAAGAGGGUCAGUCAACGGCUCAAGGAAGAUUUCGAUUCUUGUAGAGCUCAGCUACUCGAACGGGACACAUUAAUUGAAGAGAACGGUCUGGUCAUCGUUGAGGACGAAGGUAGCGAGGACGAGGACACUGAAAAUGAGAAUAGUUCCAGGGGACCCAGGAGAAGAGUUCUAGUCAGCACCGAAGCUGCGGAAUUAUUACAAAAUGCAGGGGAAGGAUCUUUAGACGUUCGACUUAGAAAAUUCGCUUCGGAGAAGAAGGAAUUACAGGAUGAAAUUCGGCACUUGAGACUCGAAUUAGAGGAAGCUAGAAAUAGGGUCAGGUCCGAAAGAUCACCAGGUUCCGUUCUAGGCUGUUUAUCAGACUCCGAGGAUGUUCAACGAGAAGCCAACAAGCUUUUGGCUGAUUACAAAUUCAAGUUACAAAAAGCCGAGCAGGACAUGUCGACAUUGCAAGCGACAGUCGCGAGGCUGGAGAGUCAAGUAAUACGAUACAAAUCGGCAGCCGAAGCCUCGGAAAAGGCUGAAGAUGAGCUUAAGGUCGAGAAACGAAAACUCCAGAGAGAAGUAAGAGAGUCCCAGGGACGUGUUGAAGAAUUGGAGACGGCAAACUCGCAUUUACAGAGACGUCUGGAUAAAUUGAAGAAUGCUAAAUCAGCCCUGUUGAAGGAACUCUGAUGAUCGACUUUAACAAGAUUCAUAUGACGAAUAGUAAUGUCGACGCCUUUUAUUGCGCAGCCUUAUGGAAAAAAUUCGGACACCACUUCGCACUACUGAAAUUCCCUGCACGAGUCAAGCCUCCGGAACUCUUGUUUUCGUCUCGCGUUAUGUAUCAUUCAAAAGAAUUUGAGCUCUGUGAGAAUUCUGAGACCUGUAUCCCCCAUCUGCGAUCACGUACGUUGAGUGUAAGUCGUAUAUUGUGCCGUGAUAUACUCAGAUAUGAGGAACAAACAAAAAAUACAAAGCAAAGAAAACAAAUUAUGAAAGAAAUAGAUAAAGAAAAUGAACAGAUUUCAAUUAUCUAUCGACGGGCAAUGAAAUCUCUACCAGUUCCAAUUAUCCAGGAAAAAUUAAAACAAAAAAAAGGAAAUAACAAGCCAGGAGGGGCUACUCAGAUCUCGCUGAGCUAUUUACCUUGUACGUGAGAUCUAUUUAUCGACAAAAAUGGAGUUUUCAUUUUUCUCUUAUGCUCGUAUUGUUACGGUAAACACUAGGUGUCUCGAAUCGGAAACUACCUAUAGUAUCGUCGAAUCUAAUUGCUGAAAUGGACAGAUAGACUAAAAAAUACUUUAGCCCCCAGCAAAGCCAUGAUUUUGAUUAAUCCAACUCGCGGCUAAUUAACACGUUAUUAAACAAAAGUAAUAAUAAAGAAACGUUUACGCUCUCCGCGCACGGGAGACGUACCGCGUUCAACGGUGGUAAGCGGUCUUUCGGUAUUUAAGGAAAGGAGCAGGCCACGUUUAUAAUUUAAUUUUUUUUGUAAUUAUACCGCUAUUAUUAUUAUUAUUAUAUUAACUUAUAUAAGAUCACUGUAUUUUAACUACUGGCGAUUUAUCCAUCUUAUGUCUCCCCGAAGUCUUCCUUCUUUUUUUCCCACUUAGUCGAGUAUCAGUAUUUUGGAAAAAAACCGCGGGAAGUACAAAACAAAGUCGAUUCUUCGAAACGAGACAUAUAACACUUUCUUUCUCUCUACUGUUACAUCUCCGGCCGCUCCAGCAUGUCCUGUUCAUAACUGUUCACUUCCUUUUAAUUUUCUUUCUUUAUCGGGAUGUAUGGACGCAAGUCUUAAGAUACGAGGCGCCUAUAUUUCAACUCUACGAUUAUUGUUUAAAAUACAAAAUAUAUAUUGUUUAAACGGUCAAAA